CCUAUUUCAGAUGUCCGGAGCUGCGUCCUCGAAAAAUAAUUCUAACUGGAAAAAAAGUCAGGAAAAUGUACCUCGGCCCAUGUCUCUGAUAGACCCUGAAUGGGAACUGAUCGAUCCGAAUCCUGAUAUUUUCUCAUUGUUCGGGGAAUUUAACAAACGCUUUUUCUGGGGUGCUUUGUUCAGCGUUGAGGUUCGAUGGAGUCCACGGAUGACGCUGUGUGCUGGGUUGUGUUACUAUCAGCGAAGAGCGAAGUAUUGUUCCAUCAGGUUAAGCAAACCACUUCUGCAGCUUCGACCGAGGAAGGACUUCAUUGAAACGUUAUUGCAUGAAAUGAUUCACGCAUACUUGUUCGUGACGGAAAACAAUUCGGACCACAAUGCUCACGGACCGAAUUUUCACAAGCACAUGUACAGGAUCAAUGCUGAAGCUGGAACGAAAAUAACGGUUUAUCACAGUUUUCAUGACGAAGUGGAUCAUUACAGACAACAUUGGUGGCGCUGCGAUGGGCCAUGUCAGAAAAAGCCGCCCUUUUUCGGCAUCGUUAGACGUUCCAUGAAUCGCGAACCAGGACCUAAUGAUCGGUGGUGGGACGAGCAUCGACAGACGUGCAACGGGAAGUAUCACAAAAUCCGUGAACCUGAAGGAUACGGGAAACCGAAAGGAAAAGCCGUGAGCAAAUCAAGUGAUGUAACGAAGUCAAGAAAGGAGAAAAUUCUCAGCCAGAAAGUGACAGACCCGAAACAAACGAAAAUGGACGCGUUUUUAAGUUCCCCAUCCAGAGAAAAGAACGACUUCACGAAGGCAUCGGUUUCAGGAGAAACAGCUAGUGGCUCAUUGAGCGCGAACUCGGAUAUUAAGGAAGAAUCCUUGAGCUACGAUCAGGAGCUGAAAGAAUAUGAGCAAUGUGAACGUGAUGUGGUGAAUCGAAAGCGAGAUUGGAGCAAGUUGGGAGUUUCUGUGUCCAACUCUCAACCGAUUUCAAAUCCGAAAGCAUCACGCUUGACAGAUAAAAUACCAAAACUAUCAACUUCUGCGGAAAUUGUGAAAUGCCCAGUGUGCAACUCCUCCGUGGCAGCAGACCUUGUGAACUCACAUCUUGACGAAUGUUUGAAUGAAGGCUUUUUGAAAACAGAAACCUCGAAUGCUGGUAAUAUUGACGACUCCGUCGAGGAUUUAGGUGAUGACGACGUGAUUCCAUGCGAUGACGAUAUUUCUGAGGUGGAAAAAAAUUCUGUAAUUUGUCCAGUUUGCUUUCAGUCGCUUACCAUUGAUGUAGCAUCUGAUCAUAUCAAUGCGCAUUUUAAUGAUUGAUGUCUCGAUUUUUUCAAUUUGAUGGAAUUUUGGAGAAUUAGCUCGUAAGUGCGGAGUGAUUCGCCUGCCACUCAACCGACGAAAACGUGAUAAUUUCAAAACCGUAUGAUCAUGAAAGAAUAUUUAUUAUAAUAAGGUUAGUCUCUUUAUAAGGAAGACGAACAUUCCUGAAGUUUUCCAUGAGAAAACCCUUUGACUCGCUUAUGUCGAAAUUCAGCAGUCUGUCCUGAGUUUUGACACUAACUCCUUCCAAUUUCCGUGAAUUGGAGGACAUCAGUUUAUUAUUUCUCUCUUACGCGCUAAACACUGGUUAUCACUUAUCUUCGCAAUGAUAUAAGGAUGUUUUUUCCGUGGCCCGCAUUUUGAAAAUUUCCUUUGACCAGAAGUUCAAAAUUCUAUGCUUACAGGUUCCUCCAGUAAUUCGUUUUGGUGUGGUUAGAGUAGCGCGAGAAUCACACUGUAUAUUUUAAUAGUGUACCAGGGAGCAAUUCCUUGCAAUGUGAUACCGAAACGGUGGAUAUUUUUGUCG